CAGUCGAAAUUCUCCAGUCGGUUUCCGUUAGAUGAGAAGGAGAUGGUCCGAGUUUGUGUUUUACAGAUGAGCAGUCCGUUGUGUCCGUGAUGGAUGAGAGUCGACAAAACAAGACGGGAGACUGCUAGAAUAAUGCUUCAACUGCCUUAACGUGUUUCACAAUGGCCAUCAGGGAACUGAAAGUUUGUCUGCUCGGGGACACCGGCGUGGGGAAAUCAAGUAUUGUGUGUCGAUUCGUUCAGGAUCACUUUGACCACAACAUUAGUCCAACGAUAGGUGCAUCUUUUUUAACUAAGACCGUCCCCUGUGGAAAUGAACUUCACAAAUUUCUGAUCUGGGACACGGCAGGGCAAGAACGGUUUCAUUCGUUGGCUCCCAUGUAUUACAGGGGCUCGGCAGCGGCCGUCAUUGUUUAUGACAUCACAAAACUCGAUUCUUUCCAGACGUUAAAGAAGUGGGUGAAGGAGCUGAAGGAACAUGGGCCGGAGGAUAUAGUCGUGGCCAUAGCAGGAAAUAAAACCGAUCUGGGUGAUAUUAGGGAAGUUCCAACUAAAGAGGCGAAAGACUUUGCUGAGUCCAUUGCAGCCAUAUUUAUGGAGACCAGUGCCAGAAAUGCAGUAAACAUAGAGGAGCUGUUUCAGAAAAUCAGUCGACAGAUCCCUCCGCUGGAGAACACAGACGCUGACAGCCACGACUCCUUUAAACUUACACGACAGCCGCCUCCCUCCAGCAAGCGCUGCUGUUAGACAUCCGUCCGCAAGUCACUACAAACACCCUGUGGUAUUUCACCCAUGUGAUGCAUAGAUUAGGAUCACUGAACACACAAAUCAAUGUGUGUUAAUGUAGGAGUCUAUUAACCUGAUGUGGAUACAGUUCACAUGACUGAUAUAACAUAAUUACAGUAGGAAACAUAGCAAUUCUGCAGCUGAACCAUUUUGUACCAUUUAGAAUGUUUUGUGAAUAUUGCAAUGAUGCUGAGCAAUUUUGAGACGUGAGUUAUCACAACUUGGAAUAAUUUUCAUAUCAAGUCUUUUUUAAAUGCAGUAUUGUGACAAAUAGAAAUGCAAGUAGUUAGCACAAAGUUUACGCAAACAUAAGUGCCUUAGAAAAGCCAUUUUUAUGUGACAUCGCUGUUUUGAUCGUUUUAAAAGGUUGUUUCUAAUCUGGCUUUAUUUGACCACUUGACAUAGGAGAUAUGAUGAAGCCUAGGUGAAAGAUAAGGAUUUGCAAAUGUGUUGGUUACCCUUUGUAUUACAGUGUUCAUUGUAUUAUGCAUUUUCAUACCACUAUUGCUUAAUACUAAUAAACCACAUGUUUAAUAUGUCAUUUUUGUAAAGCUGUGUGUAAUUGCACAUAGUAAUUGUUUUUAUUUUAGUAAUCCAUUAUAUGGACACUGUAAAAUAAAGUGUUACCAAUUUGUUCAUCCUAAAAAUAAAUAAUGGUUAUAAUUGUGGUUAUUAAUGAAUUCAGUGAAAAACAUCAAGGUAAUGUAGAAUAAUUACCUUGGUUUAAUAAAAAUAUGAGGAAAUCAGCCACCAGGGGGCACAAUUGGUUUUAAAGUGAAUAUAAAUUUUGUAAACUCUUCUGCAAACCUCUGGUUACCUGUUGCUGUCAAUGUUGAAGUGUCAACUGGCCUAAAAUGCUAAGGUUUGGGGUUUUCAAUUGAUUUUGAAACUGAGAAAAUUCAGUUCAUCUGUUAAACAGGUACUCUUGUUGUCUGAUAACUAAAUUUAUAAGUAAACAAACCAUUACCAGAUAAUUUGCCCAAAAAGUUUAAACACUGUGAUUCUGUGGCACUAUUUAAGCAUUUGUUCAUGUUUGCUUACACGGUGGUGUGAGUUUGGGACAGGGAUCGUGCCGAUGGUUGGGUCAUUAUUUUUGCAAUUCCAUUUGGUGACACUAGUGCUUCAGAAAUUGCACACUUCACCUUUAAGGCUAAAAGCAUAAAAGCAGGGUAAUUGUGCGCUCUUACAUAACCAGCCUGCCUUGGUGUGGUCAGUAGUUUGUCAAUUUUGUUGUCAGAAUUAUCUCUUCUGUCAGUCACAGCUGGCAAAAUCACACGUAUCACAUGCACCGCUGGUUCUUCUAGAGAUUUUGUUUUUUGAUCGUAAAACAUCACAUGCAAUUUAACAUUUAAUAUGAGUAUAUCUAUAUAAUUAUAUCUGUUUUCUAAUUUAGAAAGACUAGAAGCUAGUGUGAAUUCACAUAGAUGCCUUAACCUAGCAAAUUCGGAGCAGAACUGGAUGAAAUCUGGUGAUAAUGUUGUUUCAGUUAAACCUUUUGUAAAUAACUUUAUACUUGUACUUUUAAACCUACUGUUUGUUAGUUAACUUAAUGUUUCCUUUAUGUGACGUCGUGACAGUGGUAUCAAAAACAGUUUGGACGAGAUGUCAUCAAUAAACCACAAAUGCAGUAUGCA